AUGGAACAAAAGGGUUGUAGGCCAAACGUAGUUUCCUAUAACACCAUCAUCGAUGGUCUCUGUGAGGCUACACUCAUUGGUGAAGCCUUGAAACUCUUCGCUGAAAUGACCAGAAGCGAUCUUGAUCCAAAUGUCGUCACUUACACUUGUUUGAUUCAAGGACUUUGCGAUAUAGGCAGGUGGAAGCAAGCUACAAGGCUGUUGGAUGGGAUGUUGAGUAAAGGUAUACUUCCCAAUUUACACACCUUCAGUGUCUUAGUCAAUACACACUCUAGGGAGGGGAUGGUUAUGGAAGCCAAAAGUGUGGUACAAAUGAUGAUUCAAAGUGGCAUUGAACCUGACACGAUCACAUACAGUUCUCUUAUGGACUGUUACUGUUUUCGAGGCGAAAUGGAUGAGGCCAAGAAAGUCUUUGAUCUAAUGGUUAGGAAGGGCUGUAUGGUUAAUGUUCAUAGUUGUAGCAUAUUGAUAAACGGAUAUUGCAAGAGUAGAAAGGUCGAUCAGGCUCACAAUAUUUUUAAGGAAAUGACUUGUUGGGAGCUUGUUCCAAACACUGUUACUUUUAACACUCUUAUUAACGGUUUCUACAAAGCAGGGAGGAUAGAAGAGGCAGAAAAGUUGUUAUCUGAUAUGCAACGUGGUGGCCAACUUCCAGAUGUUCGAACUUAUGCUGUUACACUUGAUGGCAUGUGUAACAACCAACAACUUUCAGCAGCACUGGAAUUGCUUCGAGAGAUGGAAGGCAAGAAGUUGGAGCUAAAUAGAGUCUGCAGUAGAUAUGUUCUCUAG